ACAUCUAUUUCACUGCCUGGGCACUCCACUGUCCACACUCCCUGUAAGCUGAACGAAACAUCUCUGUCUCCGGCCGGCCUCGAGGAGCAGCAGCGCGAGCAGCAAUGGCGCAGGAGAUCGAGCACACCCACCUCCCCAUCCGCGGGCUCAACAUCCACGUCGCUCAGGUCGGCAAAGAUGAGCUGGGGACGGUGGUGUUCCUGCACGGCUUCCCGGAGAUUUGGUACUCGUGGCGCCACCAGAUGCUAGCCGUGGCUGGCGCCGGGUACCGCGCCAUCGCGCCGGACUGCCGCGGGUACGGCCUCUCGGACCAGCCGCCGGAGGACGAGGAGGCCUCCUGGGAGGACCUCGUCGCCGACGUGCUCGCCAUCCUCGACGCCUACUCCAUCCCCAAGGCGUUCUUGGUCGGCAAGGACUUGGGCGCUUUGCCGGCGUACGAGUUCGCGCUGCAGCACCCUGACCGCACCUGCGGCGUGAUGUGCCUGGGUAUCCCCUUCAGCCCGGCGCCCAUGUCAUUCGAGACCACCAUGCCCGAAGGCUUCUACGUCCUGCGCUGGCGCGAGCCUGGCAGGGCGGAGGCGGACUUCGGCCGGUACGACGUGAGGCGGGUGGUGCGCACCAUCUACGUGCUCUUCGCCGGCGCCGAGAUCCCGACGGCGAAGGAAGGGCAGGAGAUCAUGGACCUCGCCGACCUGACCACGCCGCUGCCGGAGUGGUUCACCGAGGAGGACCUCGACGCCUACGCCAAGCUCUACGAGAAGUCCGGCUUCCGCUACCCUCUCCAGAUGCCGUACAGGGCUAUACACAAGAUGCCGAUCCGGCUGGACGCCAAGUUCCAGGUGCCGGUGUUCAUGGUGAUGGGGGAGAAGGACUACGCGUUCAAGUUCCCGGGGUUCGAGACCGCGAUGAGGAGCGGCGCCAUGGAGACCUUCGCGCCGGACCUGAAGAUCACCUACAUCCCGGAGGGGAGCCACUUCGUGCAGGAGCAGCUGCCGGAGCAGGUCAACGAGCUCCUCCUCGGCUUCCUCAAGGACCACCCCGUCGUCGCCGCGUGAGAUGCCACCGAGGCCGUGACCACAAGCGAACAACAUCUUCAGCGGCUGAAUCUUCUCGGCAAUAAAAAUGCACACGUUGGCAGUGCUUGACCGCUGUUUGUACUUAUUAGUGCGUCAGGUUCAUCGAAUCAUCUGGUUUGGGGAUGCCAUGUUUUGCUCGUAAUACGCACUAGUAUUUGAAGAAAUUUGCUUGCCUGAUGCGUUGGAGGAUGAUCCGUGACGAUUAUUACGUAAUGGACGUGGUGAUGGUUUUCAGAUUU